AUGUUGGGCUGGAAGAUGACCGGCAAACGUAAAAUUCCCGACGAAUACGAGUACCUCUCUCUUAUUUUUCGGCAGAAGUUUGAAGAGUUUGGAUUCCAAAAAUCGAGUGUAUUGUUGAUACUAUUUGAUAGAGAUUGCAGUAUCAUGGACUCUGAGGAAAGGGUAACGAAAGGCAGCAGGAAAUCGAGGAGCAGCGGCAGCAGAUCCUCACGUCGCAGUAGUAGCAACAAUACUACUACUACUCCCCGCAAAAGCACCAGCCCAAAGAGGAAUGAACCUCGUCGAACCAAGAAAAGUAAAGAAGAACUCGUGGCUAAGGAAACAGCUCGCUCUGGGCGAGAGAGUUUUGUAGCUGGGGCGAAGCUUGCUAGUACGGAGACGCCAACAAUUGAAGGCCACCACAGCGGUCAUAGCAAGCAUCGAACUAGCAAGAGACGAGGACAACAAGAUCGACUCGUCAAGGCAGAUGCUGCAGCAAAGGCAAAGAGCAUCUUGGAGCGAUCGAGUCAACCAAUUAGUGGACCGAUGCCAGGUGCACAUGCCGACUCUCGUGGAACUCAAGUUGAUACAGAUCGAGCCACCAAAAAUUCUGCAUCCAAAGCAAAGGACUUAAUGGUCAAUGGACUAGUGCCUGGUGCCCACGAGACUGAAAAGAAGACUAGGAAAGGAAGAUUCACUGGGCCUUUGGGUGCUACGGAUGAAAGACGAGUGGAAAGACGAGCAAGACUUGAAGCGGAAAAGGGAGAUCAUCAGAAUGUGGAUGGUCUCGUGACGGCUGAUGCUGUGGAAAGCACAGAUGCAGACCAAGCUUUGGAGAUGAAGGAAGAUGCCAGCGGUGUUGACAAGAAACCGAAGAAGGACAAGUCGACGGAUGCUGGAAGCUUCAUGAUGGAAUCAAGUGAAAACAACGAAGCACGGAAUGACAGUUCGAAGGCAAGGAACUGGGAACGAUUCAAACAGAAAAAGGGCGCUCAAACCUUUUGCUGCCUGCUUUUUAUCUUUGUGGUUGCAAUUGCCGCUGUUGGAGCAUGGCUUGGCACUAGUACAACAUCGUCGAUCUCAAAGGGACCAUCACAACUCGAAGGUGAUGGAAUCACAGGGACGAAUGUCACAGAUUUGAAGGCGGACACCGUCCCUCCAGCUCAGGAUUCCGAAACGAUUACAAGUUCACCUAGCGGAUUUUCAAAUAGCAUCAUUGACUUUGAACCACCCUCGGCAGAAGAUUGUGCAGCCGUCGCUAGCAGAGCUACCAUACAAGGACAAGAAGCAAUGCCCGUGCAGAGAUACAAGCUGGAGCUCGAUGCGACUCCGUUUCUUCCUAUGGAUCUCAGUGUUUCAGCCGACAUCAUUGAGGAGAAGUUUCGAGAGUUGCUGGCUCUUGCACUAACUGGAUGCAAUCGGGUAGUCCGAAACUUGCGACGUCUUCGCUAUCUGGAAGGUUCCUUUGUGUAUGCGAUUGGAAAUGUGGCACUCGAUGCGUCGGGAGUCGAGGGGACACAAUGUGUCGAUGAUUCCAAUCUACGGUGCCAUCGGGUCAACGUUGCACUUGAUAUUGUGGUAAAGGAUGAUUCGGUGAAUGUCGUUGAUGUAAUUGGUGAAGUCAGUACCUUUCUUGGAGAUGGCGUACUUGCCGAAAAGCUUGAAUUAGCUGGGCUCUAUGACACAAUUACUGUUACGAACUUGGGAUACAUCGAUUCUGCGACACCUCCAAACAGCAACGAUGUGGCUCCUUCAGUCGGUCCGACACCAACACCAACACCAACACUUGCAUCUCCCACGCAACUGAGAACUUCAGAUCCAAGUGCAAGUCUCGUUUUUGACUCUACUGUAGAGCCAACCAAUCCACCAACAUUUGUAGCGAACCCUCUGACAACUCCAAAUCCAGCCCCUGUUCCAACACCUCAGCAACCAACUCCAUCACCCACAACAUUUCUUAAUUCGCAAUCAUCUUUUAGGCCCACACAAAUUCCGCAACAAAUGACAUCGACAACCCCUACAUUUGUCAUUCUGACCUUGACCCCAGAGCCUUCGCAGAUGCCUUCCUCAGGCCCGUCCCUGUUCCCAAGCACUGUCCCCAGCACUGUCCCAAGCGCAAUCCCAACCAAAAUCCCAACGAAAGCCCCAACGAAAGCCCCAACAAAAUUCCCAAGCAAAAGUCCAACCAAACUUCCAAGCCCAAAUCCCAGCGAAGCCCCAACCGAAGUUCCAAGCACAAGCCCAUCAGUCGAACCGUCAAAUCCUGUAAUGCCAUGCUUUCAAUCGAAUUCAGAUCUUUCUACAGCAGUUGCUUAUUUGCGUGCUUGGAAGUCUGGGUCGGGUUUUUCCUUUUUUGAUCCCUUGUUUCGAGCCCGUACACGUUGGGAGGAGAUCGAGGCGUUUUACGGACCAAUCGAAAACUGGUGUUUCAGUCCAGAUGUUACCAGCAUGAAAGAGCUUUUCCGCGACAGUGGAAGUUUCAAUCGUGACAUAUCGAAUUGGGAUGUUUCUUCCGUUACCGAUUUGAGUUUCAUGUUCAGAAGCGCAACCUUGUUCAAUCAAGACAUAUCAUCAUGGGAUGUUUCUUCUGCCAUCACUAUGGAGGACAUGUUCAGCCAAGCAAAAGCUUUCAAUCAAGACUUGUCAUCCUGGGAUGUUUCUUCUGUCAAAACAAUGUGGGGUAUGUUCAACCAUGCAUACUCGUUCAAUCAAGACUUGUCAUCUUGGGACGUCUCUUCUGUCACAAUAAUGAGGUACAUGUUCCGCAGAGCAACAUCCUUCGAUCAAGACUUGUCUUCCUGGGAUGUUUCUUCUGUCGUCAAUAUGUAUGAUAUGUUCUAUGAAGCAGAAUCCUUCAAUCAAGACUUGUCAUCCUGGGAUGUUUCUUCGGUCAAAGAGAUGAACGGAAUGUUUCUACGUGCAUCAUCCUUCAAUCAAGACUUGUCAUCUUGGGAUGUUUCUUCUGCAACAAGGAUUAAUAAGAUGUUCUACUACGCAUCAUCCUUCAAUCAGAAUCUUUGUUUGUGGGGCUCACGCAUUCCAGGCAAUGCCAAUGUCGCCUCCAUGUUUUCUGGCGCCACUAGCUGCCAAUCACAAUCCAAUCCAAACCUCUCUGCAAAUCCCCCAGGUCCAUUCUGCCAUGUUUGCAAUUAUUGA